GUGAGCAAAGAAUCGUUGGAAGCAUUGAAACGUGAAGGAGCGAUUAAAGAUGUCUUGGUUGAUGAUAAGAAAAGAUGGAGUGGCGAUAAUGAGGUGAGUGAGGUGAAUAAUAUCAACGACGAUAAUAACAAUGAGUGUGAAAACGGCAAUGGUGUAUCGAAUAGCGACCAGUCGGUACAGUCUUCAGCCGAAUGUAACCAUCAUUUUAACGCGAUCGAUGUUGAAUGA